AGCAAUGCUCACAAGGCGCUUUAAUGUCAACAUCAUUUUACCAGACGAAGAAUGUCACCUGUCAAAGGUUUGUUAGCUCAUAUAUUUACAGUAGCUUCAAUGUUGUCAUUCCUGCAGACCGCUUGGUAGUGACCAUAAUGGAGCUGGUAUGGGAGGACCCUCCAGUCCCUGAGGCUCCCUUCUUUACCAAAGAUCUCUAUGACAAAUAUUCACUUGCACCCAAUAUCAGAGAACUGUGGGCCUUUCUCCAAAGUCCUGUAGAGAACAUAAAACAGGACUGUGGGGCUGCAAAAGCCUCCUGCACUCCUUUCACAAAAGAAGCUGCAGCGUUUAAAGACAACAGUUUCAUCAGCAAGCACGAGUCCUGUUGGGACAGCUAUGACAGUGACGAUCUGUGUUCAGACAAUGCUGGGGGAGAUGUAGGAGAAUUUAAGGAUACUGAAAAAUCAAGAGUAAAAUGUCAGCAGGUUGAGAAUGAGGCAGAGGCUGUUUACCCUGAACCCAGACUGCCCCUCCCGUGUAUGUCCAGCCUGUCCAGCAAAGAACAGAAGACGUAUCUUGGCAUUUUGAUGAGUAAAAAAACAAGAGAUCCUCCACAGAACUUAAAGGCACGAGUCAACAAUGAAGUGAUGCAGUUCAUGAGGUACCUGCAAGAUGUGGCCAAAAUAUGUGCUGACGACUACAACUUCAUAUCACAGGGAGCUAUGCAAUAUUCAGAGGAGUUCUUCAGGGGGUGUUUGGAGCGCAUUAAGACAUUUCCUGAGCUCUACCAGAUCCAUGAAAUGACUAGUUUGACAGGGGGAACAUUCAACCCAGGGCUGAAGCUGACCUUUGAGAAACAGCUGCUGAUCAUGGGCAAUGUGGAUAUUACAGACCACAAGAUAGUGCCUGCUGAUGCACAGCUUGCAUCGGAUUAUCAGAGUGUUUCAUCAGAGAAUCCUCCAGCUAAAAAAGCCAAGGACAUGCACGCUACGAUCAGCAGUGAUAGUAAUGCCGAGAACCUGUGUGCUCGGUAUGAGCCUCAUGUGUGUCUGACUCGAGAUGCCCUCGUCAGGCUGCUAGACAACCAUGGCCCUGACUUUGGAGAGCAAUGGGAACUGCCCGUUCGUGUCAAAUUAAACCCAGGAAAAGGCAAUAGUGGGAAGAAGACUGUGUACAUAGACUCACCUCUUCUGAAGACUGAAAUGACCGUGAGAGAGAGGAGUCAUAUCUACCAUGAGGAGAGUUUGAAGCUUUCCAUCAAGAAGAAUGGAAGUAUAAAUGUGUUCCAUUUAAUGACAGAGCUUCCUGAAGAUGAGCAGAAAGUCUCACCGGAGUGCUCAAAAAGAAAGGUAGUGUCUUUUGAAAACAAUGGUCUUGACUUUGAGGUGGACUUUACUGACCUGGAGACAUUUGGAGAGACAGCACCCAUUAAAACCCCCAAGAUGCAGAAGACCCAGAAUGAGCAGGAUGCAUGUGUUAAAAGUAAAAAAGCUUCAAGUUCCCUAUCUUUAAGUAAGACCAAAGAUAUUGACACCGUAUUGACCGAUGUGGAGGAUCCCAUAACAGAGGAGACAACUCAGCCAGUUCUGAAUGAGGCAAUUGCGCCAAAAACUGAACAAAUGAGAACGGACCCUGCUCAGGAAAGUGACGAAGAGCUGCCUUUUAUAGGAGACUCCGAUGAGGAGAAGCUGGUAAUUGAUGACUCCGUGUCUCUAGCUAAAACACCUACAAAACAACAUAAGCCUAAGACCACUCCAAACUCUGCAGAUUCCCCAAUUACUCCUGUCUCCGAGUCUGCACCUGUAAAUUCAGAGUCCUCUUCCCCUCAAAAAGUUACAAAGCAGAGGCGACAAUCCAAAAAAACAAACUCAUCUGGUGACCAGCUGGGUGAGAUCCUGCGCAUGCAGACAGCCAUGUUCAAUUCUGCAAGUGACACAGCCAAGUGUUCGGCCAUAUCCCAGGAGACCAACUCACCCACCCGAGGUACGGCACCCUCACUUCACUCUCAUCCAAUGUCUCUGGUUAAGGCCUGUGUGUCCUCAUAUUUGGAGAGAAAACCGAACCAGGAUGGAGAGACCUGCGCUGCUUCUCACGAAUCUGCACCAGUGGUCAACGUUACUGCUACAGAGCACAAAAAAAUACUGUCACAAGACCUGCAGGCUGGUGCUGAGGAUGAACAAGAUUACAAGGCUCCAGAGGAAGGCAACCUGCUCUACAAGCUUUACAGUCUGCAAGACUUGCUGCUCAUGGUAUGCAGCUCUGUCUCACUGACCCAUACCAGAAAAGUAGGCCAAAACAGCCAAAACCAGUAUGUGCCAGUGCAUGUCUUGCCCAAGCUGGAGUACCAAUUGAGUUAUGGUGUUGAGUGUCUAAGCAGCAGUGAGGCUUGCCAGCUGUGGACUGAGACAUUGCUCCACUCUAGCACGGUGUCCUACAUAGCUCACAUCAAUGCGCACACAUCAAAAGUAGCUGUGCUGAGAAAGCUGCCCGACGGCUGGAAACAGAACAUCUCCUGUGGGUUCAAGCCUUCCAAUUCGCUGAAUAUACUGCAGCACCUACUGAAAAAGCUAACUGGGUUGGAGGAAGGACAGUACCUGAUUGCGCACAAGGCAGGGGAACCAUUUGUGACCUUAUUAAAAGCGGCUAAUGGGAAAGUGAGUCGGGGGGCAUACAACCUGCAGCAGGUCCACAGCUCAGUCCCAAAGCUCCCGGCCCCCGGCCUCGUGCCCUGGAUACCUGUUGAUCCCGCUGUGGUCCUGCCCUUCCACCAGAAACACAGCCGUGUCCCCUGCACCUUCCCACCAACACCCUUCAUAAAGACAGCGAAAGUUGGGUCAUCGCAGUCCAACAACCAUGGAGCGGGGCAGUCAAAGAACAACUUGAAUGCAGGCGGCAACACCAAGAAAAAGAAAAAUAAACGUGCGGCCAGGCGUAACAAGUAUAUUAAAAAGCUAGUUCAGAAGUCCAUUUAAAUAAUCCCAUGUCAAAGGAUUUAAUAUCAUUUCAUUUCAUAUUAGGUGAGUCGGAUAAAGACUUGUACUGCAAAGGAAAGGAAACCACUGACAGUAUCUAUGAUUUUUAUACUGGAAAUACGUUAUGACCUUAAACAUAAAUGUGAAUGCUAAAGCACUCAAUAUAGAAAAUAUACUUUUUUAUAUUCUAAUUUUGUUCAGAGACAUGUUUUGUAUAUUUUGUCAAUUAAAAUGUUUUGUGAUAACAGA